GAGAGAGCUCUGCAGUGGUUUUGUAUGUGACUCCAGCCCAGUGCUUUCAUUUGUAGGGCAGUUACAUAGUAUCAGUGUCAGUUCAAACCCUAGCAUGUGAUGUAGAGAGUAAAGAGGAUUUGUAUUUCUUUCCCCACUGCAUUAGUGACCUGACUCAUUUAUUUUUUGCUUUUUUUUUGGUUUGGUGGAAAAGAAAAAGCAUUCUUAGUUUUUGAAACUGGUCCUGGCACUUUUUAGGGGCUGUGUAGACAGAUCUGUGCAAGGCUGGGCUGGCAAGGCUCCAAUCAUGGUUGCAGCUCACAACCAACAUCCAACAUCCUCUGCAGAAUGGAUUGCCUGCCUAGAUAAAAGGCCCUUGGAACGGUCUGGAGAAGAUGUGGAUAUUAUAUUUGCCCGUCUGAAAGAAGUGAAAGCCUUUGAGAGAUUUCAUCCAAAUCUUCUUCAACAAAUAUGUUUUUGUGGCUAUUAUGAAAGUCUGGAAAAGGGUGUUACCUUGUAUCGGCAGGGUGAUAUUGGAACAAGUUGGUAUGCGGUACUAACGGGAUCUUUGGAUGUUAAAGUGACUGAAACCAACAGCCAUCAGGAUGCAGUCAUUAUUUGCACGUUGGGAGUCGGAACUGCUUUUGGAGAGUCGAUUUUGGACAAUACACCCCGUCACGCGACCAUCGUUACUCGAGAAUUCAGUGAGCUGCUGCGUAUCGAACAGAAAGAUUUUAAAGCCCUUUGGGAGAAAUAUCGUCAGUUUAUGGCAGGUUUUCUGGCUCCCCCAUAUGGUGUUCUGGAAACCGGCUCUAAUGACAGGUCAUCUGAUAAAGAAAACAUGAACAGCACUCUGAGUCCAGGAUCAAAGAGCUGCAAUAAGACCCCCCUCAUUGAAAACCAAAUUCCGCUCCGUCAAGCUAAAACCAUUACAGAGGUAAUGGGAUGCCGGCAAGUGGUUAAGGUUCCGUCAGAGCGAAUUCUGAGGGCUGGAAAGAUUUUGCGGAAUUCGAUCCUUUCCCGUGCACCUCACAUGAUAAGAGAUAGAAAGUACCAUCUGAAAACGUACAGGCAGUGUUGUGUAGGAACGGAACUUGUCGACUGGCUUAUGCAGCAAAGCUCAUGUGUCCAUUCAAGAUCGCAAGCCGUGGGCAUGUGGCAAGUGUUACUGGAAGAAGGUGUUCUUAACCAUGUUGACCAGGAAUAUUGCUUCCAAGACAAAUACCUGUUUUAUCGAUUCUUGGAUGAUGAACACGAAGAUGCACCCAUGCCAACUGAUGAAGAGAAGAAAGAAAGUGACGAAGAGCUUCAGGACACAUUCCUCCUGCUUUCUCAGACAGGACCUGACGCUCAUAUGAGAAUGAUACUGAGAAAACCGCCGGGCCAAAGAAAUUUUGAUGAUCUAGAAAUCAUUUUUGAAGAACUUAUUCACAUUAAAGCCUUAUCUCAUCUUUCGACCACAGUUAAACGAGAACUGGCUGGAUUUUUAAUCUUUGAAUCUCAUCCAAAAGCUGGAACAGUGUUGUUUAACCAAGGUGAAGAAGGUACUUCUUGGUACAUCAUCUUAAAAGGAUCAGUAAACGUGGUAAUAUAUGGCAAGGGUGUAGUGUGCACCCUUCAUGAGGGCGAUGACUUUGGAAAACUUGCUCUUGUAAAUGAUGCCCCAAGGGCAGCAUCUAUUGUUCUGAGAGAAGACAAUUGUCACUUCCUCAGGGUAGACAAAGAGGACUUCAACAGAAUCCUGCGGGAUGUUGAAGCGAAUACAGUAAGACUAAAGGAACAUGAUCAAGAUGUCCUGGUAUUGGAGAAAAUCCCAGCCGGAGUGUCGACACAUGGAAACACUCAAUCUCCGUACAAAUACACUGUGAUGUCUGGAAAUCCAGAAAAAAUCCUCGAACACUUUCUAGAAACUAUGCGCCUUGAACCACUUUUAAGUGAUGCCACAGACUCGGCUUUAGAUGACUUUAUUUUGAUGCACUGUGUUUUUAUGCCAAAUAGCCAGCUGUGCCCAGCCUUGAUGUCACAUUAUCAUGCCCAACCUUCUCAAGGAACUGAGCAGGAGAAAUUGGAUUAUGCUCUGAAUAACAAACGACGUGUUAUACGACUGGUGCAGCUUUGGGCCAAUCUGUAUGGAGACUUACUACGAGAAGAAGAUGUGGCCAUGGCGUUUCUCGAGGAAUUUUAUGUGUCUGUAUCUGAUGACACCAGGACAAUGGCAGCCCUGAAGGACCAGCUUCCCGAGCUGGAGAGGACAGUUAAGCAAAUUUCCGAAGAUUCAAAGGGACAACAAAAGAAGCACAAAGUGCUCAUAAGGCAAUUUAGCACUGGUGACGAAAGGCUACAAAAACGACAGCCAAUAAGAAGCACAGAUGAACUUCUUUUUAAGGUUUACUGCAUCGACCAUACGUACACAACCAUCCGUGUUCAAGUUGCGGCUUCGGUUAAAGAGGUGCUCUCUGCUGUUGCUGAUAAACUGGGAUCAGGGGAUGGUUUGAUUCUUGUAAAAACCAGUUCUGCAGGAGAAAAAGUGGUUCUGAAACCUAACGACAUCUCAGUAUUCACAACUCUCACCGUCAAUGGUCGUUUAUUUGCUUGCCCACGAGAUCAGUUUGAUUCUUUGACUCCCCUUCCAGAACAAGAAGGGCCUUCUGCUGGGACUAUGUCAACGUUUGAACUCAUGAGUUCUAAAGACUUAGCUUACCAGAUGACAAUUCACGAUUGGGAUCUAUUCAACUGUGUUCGUGAGCUGGAGUUGAUAUACCACACGUUUGGAAGACACAAUUUUAAAAAGACAACUGCAAAUUUGGACCUUUUCUUACGACGUUUCAACGAAAUCCAGUUUUGGGUUGUGACUGAAAUUUGCCUGUGCCCUCAGCUUAGCAAACGCGUUCAACUCCUAAAGAAAUUUAUUAAAAUUGCGGCCCACUGCAAGGAAUAUAAAAACCUGAACUCUUUCUUUGCCAUUGUCAUGGGACUGAGCAACGUGGCGGUAAGCCGAAUGUCGCUUACGUGGGAGAAACUUCCCAGCAAAUUUAAGAAGAUCUAUGCAGAAUUUGAAAAUUUAAUGGACCCUUCAAGAAACCACAGAGCAUACAGACUCACUGUAGCUAAACUGGAUCCUCCAAUCAUUCCUUUUACACCUCUACUUAUUAAAGACAUGACUUUCACUCACGAGGGAAACAAAACAUUGAUCGACAACUUGGUAAACUUUGAGAAAAUGCGAAUGAUCGCAAACACUGUGAGAACGAUGAGAUACUGCCGAAGUGUUCCCUUCAGUCCCGAUGCUUCGCUCGCUAACAAAAAUCACCAAGACGUACGGAAUUAUGUGCGGCAGUUCAAUGUGAUUGACAACCAGAGAACGUUAUCUCAGCUGUCCCAUCGACUAGAACCACGCCGAGCAUGAAAAGUCAGAUAUUUGGAGAAGCACAUCUUGUUUGGUUAUUUUGUUGGUGCAGACUACAAUAGCAACCAUGUAGGGAAUAUGUUUUGAGUUUAGUUUAACUUGCUUUGUUUUUUUAUUUUUAUUUAAACUGUUUAUUUUAUUUUUUAUUAAUUAUAGGUCCUGUGUUGCAUUUUGUAUAUUUCCUAUAUUCAAUAUUUUAGUAUUUCAACAAAUUCCCAAAAAGCCAGCAGAUAGGAGUGUUAACCCUUUAUGAGGGUCUGUAGUGCCACUUACCUAUGAUGGGUGCAGUUUGGUUACCGAACACUAUAAAUAUCAUGCCUGUUUCACAUACUGGAAAUUACACAGUAACAGAAUGAGCUAGAAUAAUAAUUGUUAUUGUUUAGGUAUUUGUCAUUUUUUAAUGUAUCUUGUAUUUUUUUUUAGUCCAUUGCUAAAUGGCCAAUUAUAAUUGUAUCAUAAUUGUAUCAUAAACCCAAGUACUAAAUAUAACUGAUCGUAGCACGUUUUGUAAAUCAGAUAUGAGGUAUGGUAUCCUGUGUGCUAAAAAAAAUGCAACUUGCACUGUUUUGACCAAUGUUCCGUGACCUCAAAAAGUUUUAUAACAAAAAUCACGUCUCAGCAUCACAGAUACAGGGUUUAAUCAUUGGUUCAGUAAAGCUUUAAAUGUCUCGAUAUGCCAUACCGUUAAAACAAAAUGAAGGAGACAACAAGAAUUUUAAUACUAUAAGUUAAUCAAAAUUUAGAAAAGUAUUUUAAAAAUUGACAAACUACUUUUUACAAAUACAAAAAUAAGAUCAAUAGUACAGAUUAGACUAUAGCAUAGUCUGGAGUGAAAACACUUACCGAGAAUUAAUAUAUAUUAAGUCCUUUAUAUUGUAAAGUUGGAUUCUCAGUUAUGGUUGUCAACGACCUUUCUAAAUAGUCGUAGGAACAAUUUUAUUUCUCUGUUUAAAUAAAAACAAAAAAACGGGUGAGCACCAAACACAUACUUGUACUGUUGUAUAAAACAGUAGACACAUUUCAGAAACAUUUUUAGUAACGAAAUGUCUUUGUUUUUAAACUUUUUUAAAACUUUUUAAAAGUUCUGUAUACAAAUUACUUAAAAUAUUCUACCAACUGCCUUCAUCGUCAAGUCAGUUAAUUCCAGCUGACAAUGUUUAUAGACUUCCUUAUCUAAGGUAGCCAAAAUUUGGCCAAACAUUGCCAAUAGAAAGCUACAAACUUAAAGGAUACAUCUACUAUUGGUGGAGAGUGUGUUGUGCUGUAUCAUAGCUGUCCUAAAUGAAAUAUUUAUUUUAAAUGAGGUGUCCCGUUAAAUUUGUUUCCUUGUGAUGCAGUGUGCCCCUUGCCAUGGUUUGAAGGGAUUAGGCUUUUGCCCUUGUCCAGGCUUGAAUUUCCAGAGAUGUUACAUACCAUCUUCUGCAAUUCUCGUUAUGCAUCUUAUUAAACAUGCCAAGGGUUUACUUCAUGGCCACUUAAGCACUUCAAGAUACCAAUCUAUGUUUAUAGGAUAUCUUUAUAACUCCAAACAGGUCUUGUAUAGUAAAAGCAUCUAAUGGAGGAUAAAAGCAAUUUAAAAUAAGGUACACUCAAUUUAAAAUGAAUACCCAGGUUUCUUGUUACUGUGAAACUCCACUGUGUUAAUACUUUCUCAGUAUUUAUCUUUGUACAUGGUUGCACUAUGGUUAUUUAUAAGUAGAUUGAUGAACGAAGGCAGAUAUUGGCAACGCGUUUCACAGGAAGAUGCGUAAAGCUACUGGCUUAAUUUUCUUAGUUGCACACAGAUAAGCUGAGAUUUAACAAAUGCAUAAUUUUAGGAUAUUUUCACCUUGCUGUUAUUAUGGAAUUAUUCUCUUUAUUGAAAAAACUAUUUUUUUUCUUUAGUAGCUCGCCAGCAUAGAAAGGUGUGGACUGAGUUCCAACAUGCCCAUGUGCUAGUUCUACCACAUUUCCACCUUGAUUAAAGGUUGAGCCAUACUAUCAGUGAUUGUAAGCAGUAAUUUCUCUUGCGCAUCUAUCUGCUGAGAAUCUAAUCCCGCUCAUAAGUAGCAUCUCACAAUGAUGAAUGUGCAUGUUCCUUCCAAGAUUCUAAUUAUAUGCAUCACCAAAUGGCUGGUUUCAGUUAUCAGACAUUUUAGUAUGCACUUAUUGUGUACAGUAAUUUUUAUCUCACUCAAACAAGAGACAUUGGCAGAUGGUUAUGACAAACUCAUUAGAAAAAGUGCCAAACCAGGAGAAGUUUUAAGGAUUUUCCUGUUACCAUAGAAAAAAGAGAGUCAGUUAUGAUAUUUUUUAUUAUACUAGCUUAAAUUCUUCUAGACUAGAGCUCGGCAGACCUCCUCAAUUUAGAGAGCUGAAACUCCUAAAAAUGUUGGUUCCUAAAGUUUGGAGGUUUUUUAUGUUUGUUUUUUUUUAAAUAAAAAAUACAUUUAAAUAGACAUGCAUUAUUAUAAAUGCAAAU